UGGUGAUUCAUCAAUUGAGUCGGCAUUCGGCAUAUUUAUUGUUUUAAGUGCAACAAACACCAAUUUGUAAACACUAAAGCCUUAAUUUUACCAUAGAAUAUUAACUUUACUGCCAACUGGAUUUACYAAUCUUUGUGAUAUUGGAAAGCGGUUCAUUGUUCCUCACAUACGUUCUACAUUGGAUUAUACGUUGAUACUUAWUUGUUCCGAAUACAUCUAAUAUUUAAGAGAUAUCAACAUAUUUAAAGCAAUCUAUAAGUUAAUUUAUACAAGUUAAAAUGGCCAAAGAGGAAUCAAAUACGGACGAUAAACAAAUCAAGAUCAAUAAAUGGGAUUACCUCGCUUUAAAAAAUGCUUUGGAUGACGCAGUAAAGGAGGUAUUGAUUACAAAAUAUAAUCAUGUUGAGGACUUUUCAUUGAUUGACUAUCGUUUGCUGAUAUGCACAUUUGCUGUGCUGGUCGCUGGGUUUGCACUUGGCUGGGAUUUCUUCAAUCCGUUCCCUAAAUCCCGUUCUGUUCUUACGGUAUGUGUUGCUUUUUAUUUCAUUACCAUGGGUGCAAUCACAUUAUACACAACAUACAUGGAAAAAGGCAUAUUUGCCGUGACUUUAGAACGAGAUGAAAGCGGUUUUAAUCCAGAUGUUGUUUGGGAAGCUAGCAGUUAUAUAAAAAAACAUACUGGUAUGUAUUAUUUGACCCUGUUGCGCAAGGAUACUGUUGGAGGAGAUGUCAGAGAACGUGAAAUAUCUAAAUCAGUUUCAAACUAUUUUGAUGAAGAAGGAACAUUAUGUCAAGAUGUGGUGGAGAACGAGAUAACCAAAAUGAGGGAAGCUGUUUUAAAAUUGAAGAAAAUUGAAUAAUUUAUAUUAGACUAUUAAAAGAUUCUCAUGGUUAAAAUUAAUUAAGGAAUA